AUGCCUUCUCAAUGGGAUGCCAAGGCAGACCGUGAUCUCCUCCUAGCCAUCAUAGACGAAGGUGCUUUGAAGUCAGUCCUGUGGCCAAAGAUCGCGCAAAAGAUGAAAGACAGAGGUUACACAUUCUCCCACGAAGCAUGUCGCCAGCACUUCCAAAAAAUCCGCAAAGAAGCCAAGAGUCCCUCUAAGUCCGCGACAUCCACACCACGCAAACGUUCCACCAACGACACGCCCACCUCCUCUUUCAAAUCCAGCAGCCAAAAGACAAACACCACUACAAGCUCAAUCUUGGACGACGAAGACUUCGAGACUCCAACCAAGAAACGCAAGAAGAACGAACAUCCAAUCAAGGAGGAAGUCGAUUUCCAGCAAGCCUACAGAUUCAAGGCAGAGAACGAGGGAGAGAUCAUAGACAUUGAGAGAGAAGAGUGA